AUGAAUUUGUUAGUAGUAAAAUUAUUAUUUUUACUCUUGGUUGCAUUUGCGACUGGGAAAUCCAUUCGGGAUGAAGACCCACCAGCAUUAAAAUGGCAGAAAAAAUAUACGUUGGAUGCGACGAAGUUACAUCUUAGUUCUGGAUUAAUAGAAGACGUCAAAUACUGGCGUUCGGGUAGAAAAUCUAGGGUGGACUACAAUCAUGGCGCUGUAAAAUCAAUCUCGAUUGCUGGCAAAAGGAAGAGUUUACAGUUUGGAGUGAAAUAUACGAUUUUUCCCGUAACAACAGAGGAGUAUGAUAACAAAAUCAUUUGUAGUUAUGUCAAUGGCACUAUAGGACAUAUAAUCCAAGUCGAAGAUAUUUUACCAUCGUCAUGGUCUUUCGAAGAUGGUUUCGUUGGCAAAGAUAUAUUAGAAACAGGUGAAGUUUAUAAGUUUGCUAGUACCGACAAAGACGAUUAUGAAAACACUGAAGAAAGGACAUAUGUAUGGGCUAUGUUAGACAAGGACAAUAAGUCUUGGAUACCUGUAAAAAUCGAAGAAAUGAAAUUCAAUACGUGGGUGGGAAGUGCUAAGGAUCACUAUAUAUGGAAUAUCAUCAACUAUGAAGCGGAUUUCGAAGAUAGUGUCUUUGAUGUUGAUCAAUAUAAUUGUACCGAAUCUGAACAAUCAGAGGAUAAUAAUCUAAAAACUCACAUUGACAGUGAGAAUCACGUAGACCGCGAAUUUAAAAGGUUUGUAGCUGAACACGGAAGGCAAUACAAUGACCAAACUGAACAUGAAAUGAGAAAGAAUAUUUUCGCUGAAAACCUAAGACGUGUCCAAGAUCAUAAUCGUAAAAACACUUCGUUUAAACUUGGUAUCAACAAAUUUUCUGACCGUACACCUGAAGAAAUGAAGAAAAUGAAAGGACUGCGCAGAAGGAAAGAGGGGCAGAUAGGAACAGUUCCAUUUCCAUACAGUAAAACUGAAAUUGCUGACAUAUCUAAGGACCUACCAAAAGAAUUCGACUUGAGGAUGUUAGGUGUUAUAACGCCUGUUAAAGAUCAAGAUAUGUGUGGCUCGUGUUGGACGUUUGGUACAACAAGUGCUGUAGAAGGAGCUCUAGCACGUCAAAAUGGAGGCAGGCUUUUAAGAUUAGCGAACCAGGCUCUAAUUGAUUGCGCUUGGGGAUUCCACGCAGCAGGCUGUGACGGAGGCUCUGAUACCGCUGCCUAUCACUGGAUGAUGAAAUAUGGUUUACCUACAGAAGAAGAAUACGGCCCUUACUCUAACAAAGAUGGUUUUUGUCGAAUUAAAAAUAUGACACAACUUUACCCAAUAAAAGGCUUUACUGACGUCACUCCUUUCAGCGUGGAAGCUCUCAAGGUAGCCUUAAUAAAUCAUGGACCACUGUCUGUAUCUAUUGACGCCACAACCGCACUCACUCUCUACUCUAGCGGUAUCAUGUUCGAUAGUGAGUGUGAUAAAACAGUGCUCAAUCACGAAGUUACUUUAGUAGGAUACGGUGUACGUGAUGAUGAAGAAUACUGGAUCGUUAAGAACUCAUGGGGCAGAACUUGGGGUAUCGAUGGAUAUUUCCAUAUAUCUACACGAAAUACUGACUGUGGAAUUACUACUGAACCUACCUAUGUUGUUUUA